CCCCGUCCCGCCCCGCCGGUGGAGGAGAAGUGCGCAGGCUCGGCCGGGCUGUGCGGAGUGGUGAUGUCGGGCGCCGUGCUGUUGAGUGGCUGUCUGCUGGCUGUGCUCGGGGACGGGGCCCUUGGCUUCUCCUCGUCCGCCGGACUGCAGCCUGACUUCAUCCGGCGCGGUGACGGCAGCCACCAGGCCGCCGCCUGGGGCGGUGUAGGUGGGCCGCUGCGGGAAGGCGGAAGCCCGGCCGGCUGGUGGAUGGCCUCUGCGCUGUUGGACUCGGAGUUGCUGGUGGACGGGGCGGUGAACCCGAGGUGCCGGCAGCUACUGAACGAGUUCGGGGAGAGCUGCUCGACCUUGCUGAGCUGCUUGGUGAAGAACGCACGGCCGGUGCGGGUCUGCGAGAGGUGUUUCUCCCACUUUAACAACUUCAGCGAUGUCUACGACAAAAUCGCAAAAGAUUCAGGGAACGUUAGUUGUACAGCCCAACUUUUGAGAUCUGAUCGUUUGCAAAUAGUCCUGAAUACACAGAAAUCUCUGAGGACAAUUUGGACUGAUGCCCAAUGUGAUGACUGUUUAAAUGAAAACAAAACAGCGCUAUCGACUGAUACUGUAAUCUUUAAGAAGUUGCUGAGUGAUUCUCUGAGUUGUUUUGAACAACACUUUUCGAAACAUCCAGUUCACAGCAACCAUUCAGAAGUUUGCAUAAAGUGCCACAGCUCUUACAAAAAUUUGACUGAAUACUAUGAUAGAAUGAAAAACAAAGGCAAGCUGUGCAUAGACACCGAUGAUGCAAUGAACUUGACACGUCAACUAUGGAGCAAAACUUAUAACUGCACUGUCCAUUGCCGUGAUAUGGUUUCGGUCAUUGCGAUUUCAACGUUUCUUCUUUUUCUACCGGUUAUCUUCUAUCUCAGCAGCUUUCUUCACUCUGAGCAGAAGAAAUUGAAACUUAUAGAGCCUAAACGCCUGAAACAUUCCAGCAGCAACACCAGCAUGCGUUGAAGAAAGACUUUUCUGAAAAUUUGCUGACAUGUUAAUAUUGACCAGGAAAAAUGUGUUUGAAACAAAAGAUGAGGGUUUCGUAACAGCUAUGAGAACAUGGUCUUUGCAUCUGUACUUGUUCUUAGCUUAAUUAUUUUAUCAUAUUUCAGAAAUUGUCCUGAAAAUUUGCACUUUGGAAUUGUUACGAUCACCUUUAUUAUUUUUACAACAUCUGUGGUCCCUUUUUUUUUUACCAACUAAACAGUUUCGGGUAGGGUGUUGCGCCAGAGCAGGAUGAUUCAAACAUUCAGUUUCAGUUUAAUCAGUUAAUUUUUUUUGUUUCUGCAAUCAGUGUAGUUCUGCUAUUGUAAAGUUUAGUAGAUCUAGCUUCUGAUUUAAUGUUGAUUAUUUCUACUGUUUACAUUUUAAAAUAAAGCAUUGCACUGAAAGAAUUGCAAGCUUUUUAAAAAAAAUUCUAAACUUUAAAAAAAAAAUGUAUUAUUGCAAAAAGAAGCUGUGAAACAGCUGAAUCAAACCACACUGGACGUUCCAGAGACAUGAAAUUCUGCAGAAAUGGGAAAUCUUGACCAGCACACACAAAAUGCUGAAGAAACUCAAUGGUGAGGCAGCAACUACAGAGGAAAAUGAAUGACAUGAGACCCUUCUUCGGGACUGGGAUCCAGAAAUUCUUUGCUGCUGUUUGUUUAACAAUGUCUGAAUUUUAAUUUGAGCACUAAUUAUUGCAAAAGGUAGGAACAUGGUAGUUGCCAAUGUCCAAUGUUUUUUUUAAACUCAGCAUCUAGACCACUGAUUCUUUGUCUUGUGUUGAAUAACAAUACACAGCAAACAAGUAGUUAACAAUGAAAACAAUAUGGUGAAUUCUUUAAAAUUUCAUUAAGGAAAGCCAAGAAUUAGGAUAAAAAAUAAAGUAAAUUUACAACAAAUUUAGGAUUGAUGUCCUUCAAAUAAGAUGUCGAUUAAAGUACCUGGAUUUUAUAUUUUAAAAAAUUUGAAUCCUAUGAAGGAGGUUGGAAGAUGUGUGGAAGUAUGGAUAAAAUGGCUUUUUAUAUUUAAGCUUGUUUUGUCAAAGUCAGUAUUUUUGAGAAAGUAUAUUUUUAUAAUAUAGAGAUAGCAUUAGAUUCUUUUUGUGUUUAAUGUAUUUGUGAUUAUUGGAUCACUUUAAAUAUGUCUGAAGCAUUCCAUAAUGUUUCUAACAGUGUGGUUUAUGUGUGUUUUCCAUUUUAUUGUUUAAAUAUUCGUUAACAUGAUGUUUUGCUCAGCUGUUGUAUUGAAGCAGAGCAGUAUGAUAUCUUGGUAAAUAAAAUGUUUUGGAAAUGAU